AUGCGUCUCCAAGCCAGGCCUCCUGCGUCUCCAAGCCAGGCCCCCCUGCGUCUCCAAGCCAGGCCUCCUGCGUCUCCAAGCCAGGCCCCCCUGCGUCUCCAAGCCAGACCUCCUGCGUCUCCAAGCCAGACCUCCUGCGUCUCCAAGCCAGGCCUCCUGCGUCUCCAAACCAGACCUCCUGCGUCUCCAAGCCAGGCCUCCUGCGUCUCCAAGCCAGACCCCCUGCGUCUCCAAGCCAGGCCUCCUGCGUCUCCAAGCCAGACCUCCUGCGUCUCCAAGCCAGACCUCCUGCGUCUCCAAGCCAGGCCUCCUGCGUCUCCAAGCCAGACCUCCUGCGUCUCCAAGCCAGACCUCCUGCGUCUCCAAGCCAGGCCUCCUGCGUCUCCAAGCCAGACCUCCUGCGUCUCCAAGCCAGACCUCCUGCGUCUCCAAGCCAGGCCUCCUGCGUCUCCAAGCCAGACCUCCUGCGUCUCCAAGCCAGACCUCCUGCGUCUCCAAGCCAGGCCUCCUGCGUCUCCAAGCCAGACCUCCUGCGUCUCCAAGCCAGGCCUCCUGCGUCUCCAAGCCAGACCUCCUGCGUCUCCAAGCCAGACCUCCUGCGUCUCCAAGCCAGGCCUCCUGCGUCUCCAAGCCAGGCCCCCUGCGUCUCCAAGCCAGGCCUCCUGCGUCUCCAAGCCAGGCCUCCUGCGUCUCCAAGCCACCUGUCUUGUGUCCGUGGAGCCACCCACUGUGGCUCGCAGGACGUGUGUUGAAGGCUUACGAUGA